CCCUUGAGAGCCUCUUGCACUUUUCAAAAAAAAAGUAAGAAGAUAACAGAGGAGGGCUUGCGUGGCAGUUCUCAACGGAAGUCUAGAUUAUGCAGUUUAGGCUGAAUUAGUGAGGUUGAAUCAGACGGGGGUGUAACAGUGGUUCUCAACUCCAGAUGCAUAUGAAAAGGGUGUUAAAACGAAUCUUCCAGGUGAUUCUGCUGUACAGCUAGGGGUUAGGAGCCGCUAGGAUAAAGAGAAAGCCCCUUGACAAAAUGUCAAAAAGACCGGAAGAAAAUAAACCUCGCCAAAACCACAAACCCCACAGUGCACUGCGUGGGCGAGUCCCUGGAUUUCCCAGCGAGGCCGUUGGCCUUUUCCGGUGGCUGAAAUUCCCUCUUCACAUCCUGGCGCUGGGCAGAUGCCCACCCGGGACUGUGGCCUGCAGACCGCGCUGCCGAGUUUCCCUACGUACCUGGGAAUUGUUACUGUGGAAAGCCUCAGCCCUCAGGCUUUGAACAGAAGCGUGGGUACCUUCUAGGGGUAUUUAUUGUGCUUAAAUCUUAAAAGUCUGUCUCUUUCAUGUAAGAAAACUGCACAGGGCAGACAAAAACCCUCUGGGAAAACCAUGUGUUUCACAUUUACUAGGGGAACUGGCAGCAGUCUCAUUUCACUGGUGGGUUUGUUGAAGCGUCAUCAGAAGACGGCUGGAAUGAUCGAUGAGUACCCUUCAGGCUUCUCUGUUCCCGGCCUCGGCCACAAUACAGGUCAAGUCCAGCUUCUUUUUCCUGCCUGUGGUGUCCUGGGUGCUCUGCUACCUUCUGGCCCAAAGGACCUGCACCUCUGCUCCACUGAACCUGACAUCCUCUGCGGAUUCGGAAGCGUGCCCUCUUUGCCAUCUCACUCAGGGCAUCCCUCAAAGGCCCCGGUCCAUGGACAGCUGCUCUGUGUCCAUGUCGCCAGAUGUUCUCAAGACAGAAAAGGGACCUCAAUGGCUGACGAAGUGAUGAAGUCUCUGAGGUCCCAUUUCGAGAAGCUGGUCCCCUUCAAGAUGUGUCUAAAUGAUUUUAAAUGCAAAGAUGUAUCUGAUGCCACGGAGGACAGAGCCAGACCGUCUCUCAGCUCCAGGGCUGCAUCGCUGCGGGCACGCCGAGCUCCCCUGCCGUCGGCGCCCGGGUGCACCGUGCGCACCUGCCCUGCUCCGGACCGUCGUCUGCGCGCAGGAGGACCUCUCUGCCCACGGGCGCCGGGCACGCGGAGGACGGCAGCCAGGGUGGGGCGGGUAGGAAGGACGCCGAGCCCCGGAAGGGAGGUGAGGCAUGUGCGCGCCCGGCCCCCGCCACCCUCCGUGCUCCCAGGGCUCAGUCCGGUAAGCUGCGCCUUAGGUGGUGGCGUGCACCCGGGAGUGGGGCCGAGGAUGGAGACUCCAGGUACCUGCGGUGUCUGCCUGAGCAGGCAGAGUGAGGAGCGCGUGGCGACGGGGACGCGGGUGCCGGCUCACUGUCUGCUGCCUGCUCGGCGGGCUCAUUCUGGGAAGAUGGCAUAAUUUAUAGCCUGGCAUACGGAUGGAGGAGCUGUGGAUUGCAGUCUGGAAGUCCCCGGUGCUGUCACAGAGGAAACUGGUGGACUCGGUGACUGUACCAGCGUCCCCAGAGAAAACUGCAGCCUUGCGGCAUGGAUUUAAAUGCAUGUGCAUGCGUGUAGAGAUGUGAAGCCAAGGUUUCUGACCGUUUUGCACAGGAAGUCUGCCACUGCUGGAUCGGGCUUGAUUGCUGCUUGUAUUUUCAGCUUCAACUUAACACCCAUUUCCUGACUGGCUGGAGAGCAUGGGCCGAGCAGCUGCCUGCAGAAUUCCUUGUGACUGUGAAAGCCACCGCCUCAGCUUUCACUCCUUGAGGUUCCCAGUGCUCUCUGCUGUAGGACUGAUGGUGGGGUGCUGUUUUCUUCUUUUACAGAUCCUAGUAAACACAGCUGUAUUCAGUAUGGUGAAAAAUUCUAUCCUGUAAAUAGAAAUCUGAUCAAUUUAAUCAAAAUAAAUGUAUCCCAGAUGACUUUGA